AUGACCUCGCAUCUCGCCACCGCUCGCGCAGCGCAUCUUCAAGCAUCAUCCGAAGCGCUCAUGACCACCUCACCCUCAAUCUCCGCAUAUCUUCAAAUCCAGCUAUUCCACGAUGGCAAACCAACAACAACAAGAAGAACAACUCAACCAUGCUCUUCCUGCGGCACAUUUCUCUUUCCAGGCUAUAAUUCCUCCAUAACGAACGCGAAGAAACGUACGCGUCAAGAUCGUCUUGCCGGAAAAUUCUCUGCGGCAAAAAUCCUCAAAUGCUCGACUUGCGAGACGACGCAUCAGAUUCUUCCUGCAGCAACAACAGCAGCGAAGACGACGACGACGAAACCCACGGGGAUCAAGAAACGCGGCAUAACGUCUGGUGGAGGAAAUAGUGCCACAGCCAGCUCCUCAUCAACAACCGCAGCAGCAACAAGUAUAGCGCAACCUUCGGAAUCGGAAUAUAAUUCACCUUCAGGCUUGUCCGCUUCUUCUAUUAUUUCUACGACUACGGCCUCGAAAUCCCGGAAUCGGAAGAAUAAGAAAUCGAGUUUACAAGCUCUGUUAUCAAGCAAUAGGAGUAACAUCACUACAGGUACUAGUAUUGGUACUAGUACUAGCACUACUUCUAAAAAAGGGUUUGGAUUAGGUUUAGGAGAUUUCAUGAAAUGA